AUGUUUGCAUUUAAUGAUCAUUCAAUUGUAAAAAAAGUUGUAAGCUUUUUACCUCAAGUUGGUGUUGGUGGUCGUAAUGGUUUACCACAACAACGACGAACAUCAUUAGCAUCAUCAAAACAAUUAUUUCGUUCAGCAAAUAUGACACAACGAUGGCAAAGACGAGAAAUUUCAAAUUUUGAAUAUCUUAUGUAUCUUAUAAUACGAUUGCAGCUUGUUGGUGCAUUAAAUCCUACAAGAAAAUCAUUUUUUUAUUGA